AGCAGGAGGAAAUCGAAGCCAAACAAAGAGAGCGGAUAUCCGAGGAAUGAAUGAGUACGUAAUCAGUUGAAAACUUGAAACCCAACUCAACACGAUACAGAACAGACACCUCCAUUCUCAUCUCUCUCGUUUAUUGUUUUCUGUAAAUUUUUAGGGUUUUGAUUUUCCCAAUCUAAUCAAAAUUCUGAGUUCCCCAAUGGGGGUCUCCUUCAAGGUGUCAAAUACUGGCACUAGGUAUCGCCCUAAGUCCCUUCCCCUUCCACCCGAAGCUUCCCACGAUGGCGCAUCCGAGAAUUCCAAGUCCCAGAGUGAUCUUGUUGAGGCUGGUGAAAUCAUUGCUCGGAUGCCCAAUUCAUCUAUUUCAUCUGAGACUCCUUCAUUAGCAGAGAGGGAAGCUUCUUUCACGUUGAACCUGUUCCCAGAUGGUUAUUCAAUUGGGAAACCCUUCGAGAAUGAGACUGCAAAUCAGUCAAAAUAUCAAGAUUUUCCAAAGUUGUUACAUCCCUAUGAUAGAUCAUCUGAAAGCCUUUUCUUGGCCAUUGAGUCAGGUCACUUGCCUGGGGAUAUUCUGGAUGAUAUACCUGCCAAGUAUGUUGAUGGAGCACUUAUAUGUGAGGUGCGUGAUUAUCGAAGAUGCUCUUCUGAAAAGGGGGCUGGUGCCGUGACUACUGAUAGUUCUCCUGCUGUUAGUAAAGUAUGCCUCAAGAUGUCAUUGGAGAAUAUUGUGAAGGACAUCCCAUCCAUUACUGAUAAGUCUUGGACAUAUGGUGAUCUAAUGGAAGUCGAAUCAAAGAUAGUGAAAGCAUUACAACCAAAACUUCUUCUAGAUCCUACUCCUAAGUUGGAGCGGCUGUGUGAAAGUCCACUUCCAACAAAGCUCAAUUUGAAGAGAAAACGAUUAAGGCAUAUGCCAGAGUAUACUGUUACUUCAAGUAAUAAAAUCCAUGGGAAGAAAGUAUGCAUAGAUAAAGUACAAGAAAGUUCAAUUAACAGGUUGGGUGAUUCAGGAGUUACUGCAUCUAAUGCUAUUGUGCAGCAAACCCUUGAAAAUCCAACGGUUCAAAAUAUUAAUCCAAACGUGGCUAUGGCCUUGAGAUCUAAGAAUUUUAUACCAGAUUCUUCCAUCCCAGGCUUUUUAAUGAUGUCCCAACAACCAAGAUAUCAAAUGGCUGCUGGAACUCCAAGAAGCUUGCAGGAGCAUGGAUCAGUUUCUGCUAUUAAUCCAUCAGGGGCUUCUCCUGCUGCGCAAGAUAUUGUGAUUUCAUAUGCUGAUAACGCAAACUCAAGUGCCUCUCUUCAUGGAAAAAGGGAAAAUCAGGACGGACAAGCAUCUCCUUUAUCCAAUAUUGCAAAAAGAAUGAGGCCUGCUUCCACAGGUGUUGAUGCAAUGCAGCAGCCACAAAUAGGCUCACAUGUUGAAGCUCUUCAAGGAUCGGAUAUGAAUUGGCAGAAUACAUUAUUACAACAACAAGCAAUGCCCAGAGGUAUUCAGUACUCAAGUGGUGGUAUUCAGAAGUUUUCCCCGCAGGUUUUUGAAGGUGGGAUGAAUCAAGAUGCAGGGGCUAUUCAGUUUGCUUCCAAUCAGCCGGUCAUGAGGUUCGUUGCUAAGGAAGAACAGUUUGAAAUGGAAAAAAUAGAUGGUUUAGAGGUAAACCGCAAUAAAAGUGAGAUGGAAAUGGAGACAAGCAAUUUAGAUCCUCAACAAUUACGGCUGCAGCAAAGAUUGCCACAAAAUGCAUUCAUCAGACCUAGUUUCCCUCAGACAACCUGGAAUAAUCUUGGUCAGCAUAUGGAGAAAGAAGCGAGAAAAGAGGACCAGCUUCAGAAAAGGAAAUUAGUACAGAGUCCUCGCUUAUCUACUGGGGCAUUAGCUCACUCCCCAUUAUCUUCGAAAUCUGGUGAAUUUUCUAAUGGUUCAGUUGGACCAAGUUUUGGACCAUCUUCAAUGGCUGCUGCACCUGGAGCAUCACAAAAGGAGAAGACAGCAAUGGCCUCAGUUCCUGCUGCAGUUGGAACUCCAUCUUUGACUUCUAGUGCUAUUGAUUCUUCACAAAGGCAACAACAGGCACAACUAGCUGCAAAACGGAGAUCUAAUUCCCUUCCCAAGGCCCCAGCAAUGAGUGGAGUUGGUUCUCCUGCUAGUGUUAGUAAUGGUGUCCCGUUGAAUGCAAGUAGUCCCUCAGUUGGGACCUCGGCUUUGGUUGAUCAAGGUCUUCAAUCUAUGCUUGAACGUUUCUCGAAAAUUGACAUGGUGACAAUGAGGCAUCAACUUAAGUUUAAGAAGAACAAGGCUGAUGAUUAUCCCAUAGGAAAGCAGAAUACAUAUUCACUAGAGUGUUUUGGAGCAUGUCUGGCCAAUGCAACUAAUAAUGAAGGAUUGAUAGAUGAGACAAAUUCUUUGUCAAAGUCACUCGUUGGUGGGAGUAUGAAUGGGUGCAAAAUGAGAGUCUUAAGUUUCUGUGUGCCUGAGCGUGUGGUUCAAGGAAAUGUUGUUUCCGUAGUUCCCAGGUUGCGUACUAGGAUGAUAAUGGCUGAGAAGCCAUCUGAUGGCACUGUGGUCAUGCAUUAUGGGGACAUUGAUGAUGUUGAUUUCCUAGCUGCAGAGGAUCAUCUCGCCACAUUGCCUAAUACCCAUUUUGCGGAUUUGCUUGCAAAACAGUACAGUUCACUGAUAUUACGGGAAGGAUAUGUGAAGGAAGAGGACCGAAUCCAACUCAAACCAAACCGGGUAAACCCUCCAUUGGGCAGUCAAUCUAGUGCACCUCCUAAUAAUGCGCUAGUUGAACAGCAAUAUGGAGAACCAAUUCUGGGCCAGUCAUCCAAUGAAGUUGCAAAACCAGCUAGUGGCAAUAAUGCAUCUUUAAAUUUAUCUCACCCAAGGAUGUCGCCAGCUGGAAACCCUCAGGCCUUACAGAUGUCCCAAGGACUUCUCUCUGGUGUUUCAAUGCCUCCAAGGCCGCAACAACUGGAUUCACAACAAGCAUUGCAGCAGCAGCAGCAACAACAGCAACAGCAACAGCAACAGCAACAGCAACAGCAACAGCAGCUGCAACAAAAUCAACACCAUAUCAUUCAACAGCAGAAUCCCCAGUUCCAGAGAUCUAUGAUGCUUGGGACAAAUCAGCUUUCACACUUGAAUGCUGUUGGACAGAACUCCAACUUGCCAUUGGGUAAUCACAUGCUCAACAAAGCUUCUGCUCUCCAGAUUCAGAUGUUACAGCAACAGCAACAGCAACAGCAACAGCAACAACACCAGCAACAACAGCCACAAAUGCAAAGGAAAAUGAUGAUGGGACUUGGAACACCUGUGGGAAUGGGUAACUUGAGAAAUAGCAUGGUUGGGCUUGGAAACAUGGGCAAUACUAUGGGAAUGGGAGCUGCGAGGGGAAUAGGAGGAACUGGAAUCUCAGCACCAAUGACAUCUAUUGCUGGCAUGGGAAAUAUAGGUCAGAACCCAAUGAAUCCAAGCCAGGCUUCAAAUAUUACUAAUUCUAUGAGCCAACAAUUUAGGCCUGGAUCAAUAACUCAACAGACUGACAUUUUAUCAAAGCUUAGAAUGGCACAGAAUCGUGGAAUCAUGUUAGGGUCAACCCAGUCUAGUAUAGCUGGCAUCUCAGGUUCCAGGCAAAUGCACCCUGGCUCUGCUAGUCUUUCAAUGUUGGGUCAGCCUCUGAAUAGGAAUAAUAAUAUCAGUACACUGCAGCGAGCAAUUGGACCUAUGGGUCCACCAAAGCUGAUGGCAGGUAUGAAUCUUUAUAUGAAUCAGCAUCAGCAGCAACUUCAACAACCACAACAGCAACAGCAACAGCACCAGCACCAGCAGCAGUUGCAAUUACAACAGCAACAGCUGCAGCAGCAGCAGCAGCAGGAAACACCUUCACAGUUGCAAGCAGUUGUUUCACCUCCACAGGUGGGAUCACCAUCUACAAUGGGAGUUCCACCAUUGAACCAACAAACACAGCAGCAAACAAGCCCUCAGCAAAUGAGUCAAAGAACUCCAAUGAGCCCCCAACAGAUGAGCUCAGGUGCAAUGCAUGCCAUGAGUGCUGGUAAUCCUGAAGCUUGUCCAGCUAGUCCACAGUUAAACUCUCAGACCCUAGGGUCUGUUGGUAACUCCCCUAUGGACAUGCAAGGUGUUAACAAGAACAAUUCUGUCAGUAAUGCACAGUGAAGUUACAAAGCCUUAUAAGUACAAAUCAAUGCCCCUCCUGCCUCCUAAGUAAGCAAAUGAUAGCACCAAAUUCAGCUAUAAAAUGAUUGAGUCGUAAGGGAUGAAGUGAGAAAAUUAUUUACUUUUAAAUAAACAUAAAGCUUAUGGUGUACUUGUAGGGGAACCAUUAUGCUGCUUUUUCACUCUGGAAGGAAUGACAUGUAUUGUGUCAAUUGUAAAUAGUUUCUUGUUUUAUUUUGCACUCAUUGAAAUUGAUGAAUUAGCCUUUUGAUAAUGGGACAAACACGUCAGAGAAAUUUUUGGGGCAUUUUGGCCAAUGUAAGCACUUAUCUAUAGCUACUUUUUUGGAGCUCAGUAGCUGCUGAAGCUUUUUUUUUUUUUUUUUUUUUUUUAAAUUUGUGGGUCAAAAAAUAGGAAGUGUC